AUGGAGCCUUCAAAAUAAGCUUAAAAAGUGGAAGAAAGUUAGGAAGCUACGAAUAUUGUGCUAGGCAUAAAGAUCAAAUAACUUGAUUAUGGUGAACUAGCAAAUACUGUUUUAUAUAAAUAAUUCUCAUUUGUAUCAAACCAUCUCCUCAAAGUAAUCUCAAGUGACGAGUAAAGUUAUCGCUACAAAAUUCACUUAGGAUUAUGCAAGAUGAUGGAGUUCAAUGAAUUGGAAUUGGUGUAUUGGCAUUUAUUGAAUCUGCAAUUUGAUUACGGCAAAAAGUUACAGCCCAAUUAUUCACAAGAGAUUAAGAUUUGUGCUUUUCAUUAUUUUAAAGAUUUUCUCAAAAUACAGGCGGAGUUCAUUCCUGAUAUUGCACUUUAUAAAAGAGAGUUGUUAUUCCUAACAUUAUCAGCCUUCUACACAAUCAAAUUAUUGAGAAACAUUUAAAAGUUCGAAAAAAUAGGUGAGUUUAUCAAAGAGGACAAAUUUGGCGAACUUUUCAGAAGAAUAGAGCCAGCCUUUAUUAAUGUAUCUCACAACUUGACAUUGUUUGCAGUGAACCAAAAAUACAUUGAGUUGACAAAGUUUGAGUAACAAUUAAAUUAGCAAGAAAAAAAUUACAACUUUAUUGUUGAAUAAAUUCUUGAAAUGGCUCCUGCUUAUCAAAAAGAUGAAGAUUUGCCUGUUUCUAAAAAAGUGAAAAGAUAAAAAAAGUUGAUGGCUAAGAAGUUUGAAACAAAUAAGAAGCAAGAGCAAGAAUCUUAAUAAAAAAUAGAAGCCUAAUAAUCAUAACAAUUAUAAUCAUCACACCAAUAUCAAAAUUAGUUAUUGUCAUAAAAUGAAUAACAAUAUCUAAGUUAACCCUUGGGUUCCAACUAAUUUUCAAGAUAAUUCAAUUAGGGCUUAGUAUCUUAAGGGAAUCAACUAAUUCAAUAGGAUAAUUUUUUUUAAAAUGAUCGGAAUUCCUUUCAAUUUCAGGAUAGACAAAACUCUUUUGGAAUGCAAUUGAGAUCUAAUAGAUGUAUCUAUAGUCAAGAGAGUCUCGGCCCAAUGUAUUCGAAUUAAUUCAUUUCGACCCCACCAAAGGAGACUUACAAUUAUAGAAAUUAGACAUCAACAUAAUGGUCAAGUAAGAAUGGAAAAUGA